AUGGCGACCACGGCUCAACAGAAACUCCACCAAUUUUACAUCUCAUACUCGAACCCUAGAUCUUGCCUCCUUCCGUUCCUAUCUCCCUUUGGCACUUACCGAUUCUUCUCCCUUCCGCGAGACAAACGUCGGUCACCUAAACUCAAAUCCUCUAAGGAUACCUGCUCCACCAUUUUUUUAAAGCAACCUUGUGGUCAGGAAUCAAUUUCUUUACACAAAGCCAUGGAGAAAGCAAUUUCUAGAAGCGAGAUCAUUAAUGCAAUCGUGAGUGGGGUAGAUGUUCUUGUGAUCAUGGCUGCUGGUGGAGGCAAAAGUCUAUGCUAUCAACUUCCAGCUGUUUUACAUCAUGGAAUUGCUCUUGUUUUUAGUCCUUUACUUUCUCUUAUUCAAGAUCAGGAAGCACAUUGUUGUAGUCAUUGGGGACAUGACUUUCGUCCAGAUUACAAGAAUCUUGGGAUAUUGAAGACUCAAUUUCCUAAUGUUCAUGUUGUUGCUUUAACUGAUUUUCGUGUUGUUCUUGAUAAAGAGUUGGGAUUGAUAUUGAAGCUACGAGACAUGAUGAAGGGUUUUAGAGCUUCUUCAGACAGCUUAAUGAUGAGUUACUAA